AUGGCUCCCAUCCAGCUUGAGCAAGAAGACCACUCCCGAGAUGCUGCUUUUAACAAGGCUAUGCACAAGGACUCGGCCAAUGCUGAGGGAGGUUUCAGGGCCAUGUUGAAGAAGGACAAGGCAGCACAAAAGGCCGCUGUGGACGAGUACUUCAAGCACUGGGACAACAAGACCGCAAAGGACGAGACUGAGGCGGACAGGGAGGCUCGAAAAGCAGAAUACGCUACCCUCACAAGACAUUACUACAACCUUGGAACGGAUCUCUACGAGUACGGUUGGGGCCAAUCCUUCCACUUCUGCCGCUUCGCAUAUGGUGAACCCUUCUACCAGGCCAUCGCCCGCCACGAGCACUACCUAGCCGCCAAGAUUGGCAUCAAAGACGGCGACAAGGUCCUUGACGUUGGCUGUGGUGUUGGAGGACCGGCCAGAGAGAUUGCAAAAUUCAGCGGCGCCCACAUCACCGGGCUGAAUAACAACGACUACCAAAUCGAGCGCGCUACUCGAUAUGCAGCGAAGGAGGGUCUCUCAGACCAGUUGAAGUUUGUUAAGGGUGAUUUCAUGCAAAUGUCCUUCCCGGAUAACACCUUCGACUGCGUCUACGCCAUCGAGGCCACUGUGCACGCCCCCUCGCUGGAGGGCGUCUACAGCCAGAUCUACCGCGUGCUCAAGCCCGGCGGCGUCUUUGGCGUCUACGAGUGGCUCAUGACCGACAAGUACGACAACAACAACGAGUACCACCGCGAGAUCCGUCUCGGCAUCGAGCAGGGCGACGGCAUCUCCAACAUGGUGACCAUCUCCGAGGGCAUCGCCGCCAUCAAAGCCGCCGGCUUCGAGCUCGAGCUGCACGAGGACCUGGCCAAGCGCCCGGACCCCACCCCCUGGUACUACCCUCUCGCGGGCGACUUCAAGUACAUGGGCUCCAUCUACGACUUCCUCACCAUCGCCCGCAUGACCAAGGUCGGCCGCGGUAUCGCCCACCGCUUCGUCGGCCUCCUGGAAAAGGUCGGACUCGCUCCCGGCGGCACCCAGAAGACCGCCGACAGCUUAGCCCGCGCCGCCGACUGCCUGGUCGCCGGCGGGAAAGAGGACCUCUUCACCCCGAUGUACCUAAUGGUUGCGCGGAAACCGCUGAAUCCCAAAGCAUGA